UAGGAUUUCUUUUUGUUGUAAUGCAAGCGAGAAUCGAAAACUUGUUUUAAAAUUGUGGAAAAUCCUAGGAUGAUCCUCUAUGUCUGAAAUUAAUAAUCGAAAGCGUGGUUCUCGUCAACUAUCGGCGCACCCAUCAAUAGCGAACUGUAACAAAGUUUCAAAAUCAAAUUGCAGUGAAAAUCAUAAUAAUAAAAUGAAUCCAGUUAACCAACAAAGUGGAAAUGAUGGCAACGCACCAUCAUCUGUUCGACCAAAUUUUUCGGCAAUGUCUUCUAAUAUUGGAUGUGGAAUCAAAACAGUUUCAGGAAUAACUAACAAUAAACCUGGUGAUAUAAAGAAGUUAAUUAUAAAAAACUUUAAGGAUAAACCAGUUUUGCCCGAAAAUUACUCAGAAAAGACUUGGGAAAAAUUAAGAGAAGCUAUUGUUGCCAUUCAGACGUCAAAACCAAUAAUUUAUUCUUUAGAGGAGCUAUAUCAAGCUGUUGAAAAUAUGUGCAACCAUAAAAUGGACUCGCAGUUAUAUGUUAAUCUAACGGCUUGUACAGAGAUGCAUGUUAAAUCCAAUAUAAGGCCUUUUUUGGCUGACAGCAUUGACAAGCUCUUAUACUUGAGAAAGGUAAACGAAUGUUGGCAAUCUCAUUGCCAACAAAUGAUUAUGAUCCGAAGUAUUUUCUUGUACUUGGACAGAACUUAUGUUCUACAAAACCCAACUGUUCAUUCAAUUUGGGAUAUGGGACUAGAACUUUUUCGCGAUCAUAUUGCUAUGAAUACUUCUGUUCAAAGUCGUACUGUUGAAGGAAUUCUCAUGCUUAUUGAAAAAGAACGUUAUGGAAACACAGUAGAUAGAAUUUUAUUAAAAAACUUAUUAAAAAUGUUAUCAGAUUUACAAAUAUACAAAGAAGCAUUCGAAUUAAAAUUCUUGAUUGCAACCAAACAUCUGUAUCAAGCUGAAGGACAAAAAAUGAUGCAAGAACUAGAAGUUCCAGAUUACUUACAACAUGUAAAAAAACGAUUGGAGGAAGAAAACGAACGUUUAAUUCAUUAUUUGGAUAGUUCAACAAAACAUCAACUAAUUGUAACAGUCGAGCGUCAACUUCUUACUGAGCACCUUACUGCUAUUCUUCAAAAAGGAAUGGAUAACUUAAUGGAAGAAAAUCGCAUUGGUGAUCUAACAUUACUUUAUCAAUUAUUUAGUCGCGUAAAAAAUGGCGUUGCGGAGCUGUGUACGGCAUUUAAUUCGUACAUUAAGAAAAAAGGCCGUACUAUUGUUAUUGAUCCUGAAAAAGAUAAAUCAAUGGUGCAAGAUCUACUUGAUUUCAAAGAUAAAAUAGAUUACAUUGUAUACAAUUGCUUUGAUCACAAUGACAAAUUCCUGAAUUCUUUGCGGGAAGCCUUUGAAUAUUUCAUUAAUCAAAGAUCAAAUAAACCAGCUGAAUUAAUUGCAAAAUACGUCGAUAUGAAACUACGAGCUGGGAAUAAAGAAGCAACUGAAGAAGAAUUAGAACAAAUUCUCGAUAAGAUUAUGGUUCAAUUUCGUUUUAUACAUGGCAAAGAUGUUUUUGAAGCGUUUUAUAAGAAAGAUUUAGCGAAACGAUUGUUGGUCGGCAAGUCUGCUUCAGUAGACGCUGAAAAAAGUAUGUUAUCCAAAUUAAAGCAAGAGUGUGGUGGUGGAUUCACAUCAAAAUUGGAAGGAAUGUUUAAAGACAUGGAAUUAAGUAGGGAUAUCAAUACUGCUUUCAAACAACAUGUAGCAAACUUAGAUCGAAAAGAAUUGAAUAGCAUAUACUUGACCGUAAACAUACUUACUAUGGGAUAUUGGCCCACUUAUCCAUUAAUGGAGGUUAAUAUGCCUUCACAAUUAGUUCAGUUCCAAAUUAUAUUUAACAAGUUUUACCUGAGCAAACACGGCGGAAGAAAAUUACAAUGGCAACCUACCUUAGGUCAUUGCAUGUUAACUGCAUCUUUUGAUGCCGGCCCAAAGAGUUUAAUGGUAUCACUGUUUCAGAGUUUUGUUCUACUGUUAUUCAAUGAUAAUGAUACGUUGACCCUAGAGGAAAUUCGUUUAGCUACAAAUAUUGAAGACGGAGAGCUUCGUCGUACUCUACAAUCUUUAGCUUGCGGAAAAGCCAGAGUAUUAACUAAAGAACCUAAAGGACGAGAAGUUGAAGACAAUGAUAAAUUUCAUUUUAAUAACGAGUUCACAAAUAAAUUGUUCAAAAUAAAGAUUAAUCAAAUUCAGAUGAAGGAAACAACGGAAGAGCAGAAAGCUACUGAAGAGCGUGUUUACCAAGAUCGACAAUAUCAAAUCGAUGCUGCGAUUGUACGUAUUAUGAAAAUGCGAAAAACUUUAAGUCACAACUUGCUCAUCACUGAAUUGUACAAACAACUUACUUUUCCUGUGAAGCCAGCCGAUUUAAAAAAACGGAUUGAAUCAUUGAUUGAUCGAGAUUAUAUGGAAAGAGAUAAAGAUAACCAAAACCAAUAUAAUUACGUUGCUUAAAAUAUUUUACAUAUUAUUUUUUUCUUUUUCAACACAUUAAUGUAAACUGAACAUUAUAAAUAAAUUACAUAUUUAAAUAUCUUUA